UUCGUUUGUGUGGCUGAGCUUAUGUAUAAAUUAAGCGAUGACAUUCUAAAUUAUUAAGUUUACAGUCUGGCUUAUAGUCAACUUUAGACGAAGCUAAACAACCGUAAAAAUUAAAUAUUUACAACUGAGCCCAAGAGUAGAAUAAAUAUAACAAUGGCACCGUUACGUUGGGGAAUCGCUUCUGCGGGAAAAAUUUCAAAUGAUUUUUGUGCUGCUCUUACAACACUUCCAAAGGGACAUCACGAGUUGGUAGCAGUAGCAGCUCGCUCAGAAGAAAAUGCUAAAGAGUUUGCUAAACUCUUCAACAUCCCAAACUACUACGGUGGUUAUGAGAUGUUGAUGAAAGACCCCAAUGUUGACAUCGUGUACGUUGGAGCAAUUAAUACCACUCAUUUGGAGAUCGGUUUGAUGGCCCUCGACAAUGGCAAGCAUAUUUUAUGCGAAAAGCCGUUGACAUUAAACGAAAAACAUAGUCGUAAACUUCUUGAAAAAGCAAAAGAGAUGAAAUUGUUUUGUAUGGAAGGGAUUUGGUCUCGUUUCUUUCCAUCUUAUAAAUACUUGAAGAAGCGUUUGGACGACGGUGAUUUUGGGGACAUCAAAGAAGUUAAUGCUGAGUUUGGAUUCAAUAUUUCAAAUGUUGACAGAUUGACGAAAAAAGACCUUGGCGGGGGAGUGAUACUUGAUUUGGGAGUUUACGCCAUUCAAUUUGCGCAAUUUGUGUUUCGUAGUGAACCUACAUCUAUUAUUGCCAAAGGCAAGUUGAACGAUGAAGGCGUCGAUGCAGAAGUCGAAAUUGAAUUGAAAUACUCUAACGGUGGGAUCGCUCGCUUAAAAACAAGUGCUGUUAGGGAGCUUCAUAACGAAGGAAUCGUAAAGGGUACAAAAGGUUCUAUGAAACUUCAUAAUUUCUGGUGUUGCACGCACUUGACAGAUAUUGAUACAAAUGUAAAGGAAUGGCCUUUACCGAAGCCGAAAAUUGGAGAAUUUAUAUUCACAAAUAGUGCCGGUUUACGAUAUGAAGCAGAGGAAAUUCGAAAUUGCAUCAAUAAUGGAUUAUUGGAAUGUCCUAUCGUUAGUCAUGACGAAAGUUUACUAAUUGCUCAUAUCGAAGAUGAAAUUCGUCAUAUAUCUAAAAAUAUAAUCAUGGCCCCGCUUAGAUGGGGAAUUGCUUCUACUGGCACGAUUUCAUUUGAUUUCGCAAAUGCACUUUCCACUCUUCCGGUUACUGAUCAUCAGAUUGUAGCUGUUGGUGCUCGUAGUCUUUCUUCAGCGAAAGUUUUUGCUAAAAAGUUUGACGUUCCAAAGUAUUAUGAAGGCUACGAAAAUCUUAUGAAAGAUGAAGAAAUUGAUGUCAUCUACAUCGGAUCUAUCGUGGCCACGCACUUUGAAAUUGCCAUGCUAGCGCUUCAGCAUAACAAACAUGUUUUAUGUGAGAAACCAUUGACACUGAAUGAGAAAAUGUCUCGGCGGCUCUUUGCAACCGCAAAGGAGAAAAAUCUUUUCUUUAUGGAAGGGCUUUGGUCACGUUUCUUUGAAAGCUGGAAAUAUCUGAGACAGCGUAUUGAUGACGGUGAUUUGGGGGAAAUUAAAGAGAUCGAUUUAGAGUUCGGAUUUCCACUUGCUGAUACUACACGAUUGUUUCUAAACAAUGGUGGUGGAAGUACACUCGACUUGGGAGUGUAUCCAAUUCAGUUAUCAUUGUGGGUGUUUCGUGCUGAGCCGACGAAAGUUAUCGCUUUCAGUAAGUUGAAUGAAGAUUCAUUGGACAUGGAAUACAAUGGCGAGUAUCAUUUCCCCAAUGGCGGCAUUACAAAAUUCAAAGUCAGCUGUUUAUCGCCUCUGUCGAAUACGGCAAUCAUCAAGGGGACAAAGGGUGAGAUUGUGCUACCCGAUUUUUGGUGUCCUUUAAAACUAACGGAUGUUGAUGGUUCCAUUAAAAGCUGGGAUCUCCCGAAGGCUCGUUACGACUUUCUACUUAAGAACAGUGCUGGUUUGAGUUUUGAAGCGGAAGAAGCUAGACGACUCAUAAAUGACGGUCUAAUUGAAAGUCCAUCCGUGACUCAUGAAGAGAGUUUGAGACUUGCUCGGGUACAAGACAAGCAAAGAAAAUUGUUCGGCGUUCACUUCCCAGAAGAUGAUUUAGAAUAUUAAUUUUCCUUGAUGUUCCAUUUAAAUUUCCAAUCACGAAAUGCUUUUAACGACACCGGGCAAUGUCUUUCUUCUGUCUUUCUUAUCACGAAGCCAAUUAUGUCCAAUAAUGUGAAUAAGAAAAAGGAAAAACAAUCAUUUCAUAAUUUUCUUUCGACAUUAUUUUUCUUUCUUUUUUAUUAUUCAACUGUUUUUUUUUGUUUUGUUUUGUUCUUUCGAAAAGAAAACUUCUAUUUGAAACUGUUCAAAAUAUUUAUUACAGAAGAAUCUAAAUGGCUGUACAAUGCCAAAAAAAGAAAAGAAGAAAAAUAAACUUAAAUUGAAAUUGGA